GGGACAUCGAUUGUCGCUUGACGUCACUCCCGAAAUGAAAACCAUAUAAAACUGCGUCCCUGCUCCUUUUCUCCAUCAUCCCCACUCACCAAGUCCACUUCUUCUGAGCGAAAUGUCUUUCUGGGCGCCCCCUGCCGAACCCGCCACCAAACUCGGUGUUUACCGAACACUCUCGGCGAAAGCUGGCGUGCAUGUCUCGCCGCUGCAGCUGGGCGCAAUGAGCAUCGGCGACCAGUGGGAGAAGUUCGGUAUGGGAUCCAUGGACAAGGAUUCCAGCUUCAAACUCCUCGACGCGUAUUUCGAUGCGGGCGGGAACUUUAUCGACACCGCGAACAACUAUCAGGAUGAGACGUCCGAACAGUUUAUCGGUGAAUGGGCAGAGAAACGCGGCAUCCGCGAUCAACUCGUCAUUUCCACGAAGUACACCACCGGAUUUACAGUCCGGCAGGACAAGUAUGCCCAGAAGGUCAACUAUGUCGGCAACAACGUCAAGUCCAUGCACCUGAGUGUGAAUGCCAGUCUCAAGAAGCUGCGCACCGACUACAUCGACAUCCUGUACAUGCACUGGUGGGACUGGGACACCAGCAUCGAGGAGGUCAUGGACGGACUCCACAACCUCGUCGUGCAGGGCAAAGUCCUGUACCUCGGAGUCUCGGAUACCCCCGCGUGGGUCGUCGCGCAGGCCAAUCAGUACGCCCGCGACCACGGCAAGUCGCAGUUCGUGAUCUACCAGGGCGCGUGGAAUGUGAUGGCCCGUUCGUUCGAGCGCGAGAUCAUCCCCAUGGCUCGUGCCUAUGGUAUGGCUCUAGCUCCAUGGAACGUGCUGGCCGGCGGCAAGCUGCGCACAGAUGCCGAAGAGGAGGCGCGCCGCACUUCUGGCGAGAAGGGUCGCACAAUCUUUGGAGGGGAUUGGGAGCGGAAUGAGGACGAAAAGAAGAUGUCUGCAGCCCUGGAGAAGGUAGCCGGGCAAGUCGGAGCGAAACAUAUCACUUCUGUGGCAAUCGCCUACUUGAUGCAAAAGGUCCCCUACGUGUUCCCUAUCAUCGGCGGCCGGAAAAUCGAUCACCUUUUGGCCAAUGUCGAGGCGCUCGACGUGGUCUUGACUGCUGAACAGAUCGCCUAUCUCGAGAGCAUCCUUCCGUUCGAUCCUGGGUUCCCCAACUUCAUGAUUGGCGAUGGACUGCAACACAGCAAUCUCAUGACGUCUGUCACGCAUUUCGAUCGGUUGCCCAUUCCCCAGGCCAUUCGCCACGGAAAGCAGUAGAUUUUGUAAAAACACUCGGCAUAAGUUUGAUGUAUUCAGAUAGAGGGUCUUUUGUACAACGUGAUACGAUUGCCUGUGAUGUGACACGAAUGAUCUGUGCCCCAGGUGCCCGAGUUUGUGAUAAUCAGCCAUCGCUUUGUGAAGGCUGAUUCCAGGGCAUGGUAGAUGGGAUUAUCUUCUGUUGUCGACAUCAUUGUCCCCUCAUCCUCAUGAUCAUCCGUGCACCAAGCCAUGUCGCCUCCACCAGUCUCACAAAGAUUUCUCAGAUACCGCAUUCUAUCUGAUGCUACCCGCGGAUCGCGUAUCGGGCUCGUCGAGGCCGCCGGAACAGCUGCAACGGAGGUGCUCGGUUACCCCGACCUCUUCAGGCUCAUCGAAGCCCAUCCGCAGCCCGCAGCGUAUCACAAGUUUAGAGCAGGAGAUAAAACAUAGGCCAGUGAUCUCGAGGUGUUUGUGCCGCUUCCGGAAAGGGACAUCUUGCGCGUUUGUCUGCGCUUGUCUCUGCUGUCCUACGGAUACAAUGCUGAACUUCGCAAAGAGAAAGACCGCGCGUG